CAGAUGUUUGACUCAACAGAUAAUCAGUUAAACUAUUUUGUUCCAGCAGCCCCUUUAACAAGUCAUUUAGCACAUUUAAUAAAUGGUCGACUUGUUCCUAACAUAGUGGGAAAAAAUUGCUUGGUAUUCAUUGAAUUCCUUGAAACAAAUGAUAGUGCAGCCCUGAGCCUCUUAUUCAGUUGUCCAUUUCAGCUGUUGCUGGUGCUUCUUUUUUUUCCAUUAUUGUGCCCAGGGCGUGACUACAUGUGCUGUAUUAUUCACCACAUUAUGAUAAUGGCCAUUGUCUGCCCUAUUCACGGCAUUAACAGGCAGUCCGAUUUUUGCUGACUUGGGCUUCUUUGGGCACAGCUGACCAGCUGCAUGAUGGACAAUGUCAGAAGAAACGAGGGCAGACACACGUGCACAGAAAUGGACUAGGCCUCUCCGUGUUUUGCCAGAGUGUAAUUCAUUGUGGAAGAAAGCGAGAGAGAAAGAGAGAUGCAGGAGUCUCAGAGUACCCUCACCGUGGAGGGUGGGUAUGCCAGUAAUGUGUCGGCUUUCUUAACAAAACUGUGGACUCUGGUAGAAGACCCUGAAACCAACCAUCUCAUCUGCUGGAGCUCUACAGGGACGAGUUUCCAUGUGUUUGACCAGGGAAGAUUUGCCAAGGAGGUUUUGCCGAAAUAUUUUAAACACAACAACAUGGCAAGCUUUGUUCGGCAACUAAACAUGUACGGGUUUCGCAAAGUAGUCAACAUUGAGCAGAGUGGCCUAGUGAAACCAGAAAGGGAUGACACAGAAUUCCAGCAUCUCUAUUUCUUACAAGGACAUGAACACCUUUUGGAGCACAUCAAGAGAAAGGUGUCCAUUCUGAAAAGUGAGGAGACAAAGGUCCGCCAAGAGGACCUCAGUAAACUGCUCUAUGAGAUGCAAGUUCUUCGAAGUCAACAGGAGAGCAUGGACUGCCAGAUGCAGGAUAUGAAACAUCAAAAUGAAGUUCUCUGGAGAGAGGUGGUCUCCCUGAGACAGAAUCACACUCAUCAACAAAAAGUUAUGAACAAGCUAAUCCAGUUCCUGUUCACCCACAUUCAGUCCAACCCCCACAGCAGCGUUGGAAUGAAACGGAAAUUACCUCUGAUGCUGGAUGAUGGGUCAACUUCCCCUCCGAUUUCCAAAUUUGGCCACCUACUGUCAAUGGAAGAUCUUCAUGAAACCUACUUUAUUCAGUCACCCUCCUCAGAAGGUGCCAUGUGCUCCAACAACACAGAAAUAGCAAGUGGACCAAUCAUUUCUGAUGUUACAGACAUGUCUCAGUCAGCUUCUCUAACCCUGCCAACACCAUCAGAAGAGUCCAGGGACAAGUGCUUGAUGUUGAUCAAACAAGAGCCAGCAAGUCCCAGCGUCCAAGCAUGUGGGGAGGCUGUGCCUCUAGGCUCCUGUGAGGUGUGCGCUGAACCGCCUGUCCUGCCAGUUUCUAUGGUACAGUCUGUCUUGGAAGGCCGAGCUUUGGGGACCUCUGGAGGGCUCUCUGAGAAAAGAGCCAAGCAUCCAGGUGUUGAGCGGCCCGAAAUGACAGAGAAUACAGAAAAUGUAGACAUGAAUUUGGAAGAUUUGCAAGUGCUUCUGCGCAGUCAUCCACAAACGCUGGAGUCUUCCUCUGUCUUGGACCCAUUUAAUGCCAGCCUGCCUCUGAAUGAGUGGAAUUUCCCUGACAUGGAAGCCCACCUCAAAUCAUAUGUAUUUCUACACCAGAGCUCAGAAGUGUACAGCGGAGCAAGGUGUGAAGAUCAGUGAACUGCUGAAACAAAAUUGAAGACCAUCAUUAAGUGCGUCAACUGGAGGAAUUUUGCAAAGGAGCACUUUCCACAUGGAAAACAAAAACCUUAGAAGUUCCCCCAUCAGUUUGAAUGAUAGCGUUUAUUUAUUUAUUUUUUUAAAUCAAAUCAACGUGUGUGCAUUUGGAGCUUGGACAUUUGUUCAGGAGAUGUGAAUUCACAGAAUUAAGUUUGGGAUGUAUUGUUUUGCUUUAAUGCAUAUAUUUAUUUGACAAUUAUUGUGGCGCUUCAACAGGAGAGUUUAGUGGUACAAUUUUGAGACUAGAGGAUGUAACAACAUCACAAAAUAUUCUGUCCUUUAAAAGAUGAUUGUUCAUCACCGUCAUACCUUAAGACAGCAGCUUCCUACUACCACCAUGCCCAUGGAUAACUACAAUGAUGACUAGCUGAUCAAAAAA